AUGCCGCCUUCAAAUGGCCCUGGCAAGGGCCGCAAGGCUGCCGCCACCAAGCAACCAAUAAAACCGGUGAUCCCAGCUUUGCCUCUGAAGCGUAGGCCAGCGCCCGUCACUGCUGUGGUCAAGGACAAGCCUGCGGCAACUUCUGAUGUCCAGGAAAUCGCCGCUAUUUCAGAGACGUCUCAGACUAAGCAUCUUGAUAAUGUCAAUGGCGAGGUGCAGGACGCUGUGGCUGGAAAUGUCACUGCAUCCCCGCCUUCGGACUCACAACACAUGGCUGAACCGCUGCCAACUUCUCAAGAUUCCGGCAAUGGAGAGUCUGGCGCCAAAGAGCACGUCAUAACCGAGACUGCUGCCUCCGAACUCAAGGCUACGACCGACCAUGCAUCUGACGUGAUGGACUCGGACCAGAAGCCGAAUGGCAUCGCUCCCAGUGAAAAAUCGGUCGUUGACGCACCCACGGCCGAUGUCACUGAAGAUGAACCAGUAUCCGAGACAUCGACCGACCCCAAGCGAGCGUUGUCUAAGAAUGCGUUAAUGCAAAAGCCAGUCGACUAUAAUGCUGUUCAAGUUGCCAAGAGCCUACCGCCUCCGGGUAUGUCGCCUUCUCGUUAUCAGAUGCCACCACCGUUUCAACCAGCCAACCGUUCCUACGCUGCAAUGAACAUCAACGACGUCUCACGGGGCUCGCCGGUUCCAUUGCCCAACGGGCCGGGUCAUAUGCAUCACGCACAACCAAGCAAUAGUAGCAUUCACUUUGGCGCACUCCAAGACUCUCAAAGCCCUUCACCAGUACCGCCACAAACCGGGGGCAUGGUACCGCCGCCAGGCAUUGCGACUGCCGAUGCCCGGCCUGCAUACAUGGGACCCGGCGGUAAUGGGUUCCCACCCAUGAUGCCGCAGUACGGCGCCGAAAUGAUGCAGCCGGGGAAUUUUGACAGCUACGGCCGACACGGAAUGGCCUACGGACCCGUGGAAACGUACCCACCAUAUGGCAACAACUUUGGGCCAUCUGCAUCUCAAAGCUUCCGCGGCUCCCAGUCUUCUGGUCAUCCUGAUGAAAACGUCAUGUACCAACAGUACCCUCGUAAUGGGCAUCGUAACGGUGCUGCUGGCCAUGGCGAGCCCGACGGACAUAUGCCCAACCAGCAAGGCAGGAUGCUUGGCCACCAAGAAUAUCCUAGAAUGAUGCCAGGAGGCAGCUAUCCGUACCAGGGCAUGCCUCGCGAGGAUAACGGAGACGGGUUCCUGGGAUAUUUACAACAACAAUUUGGCAAUGCUGAGCUCGCUGAUUGUACUUUGGAACUCAGAUAUGUGGAUGACCGGGCUCCCCCCGUCCGCAUCCCCGGUCAUCGGGUCAUCUUCGCCCGCAGCGGCACAAUUGCUGAUAAAGUUAAGAAUCAGCUGCAUCAGAUGUCAGAUCGCGGAAUGCAGAUUCUCCUCAUGGAGACAAAAAGCAACUGGAUCCGAUCUGACUCCUUUUACAUGGCAGUCCAAAGACUGUACGGGCAUCCGCUCCUCCCCCUGCCCCCUCGUCGUGACCGUGCAGAAGCAAGCGAUAUCACGGAUGCUGGAACUUCUACUGAACAGCUUGACUUUGCCUUGUCGUACGCUGCUGCUGGUCACCUACUGGAGUGGGGCCCUGUGGUUCUACGAGGUUGUGAAGUGGCCACUCAAUUACUGAACUGGCAGACCAUGGAGAGGAUUCUUGAGUUUGCCCUUCACGAAUCCAUCGACACUGGCUCCCGCUUAUCGUAUGGGUUUGGAGAAGCGUCUAGACUUCUUCUCAAUGCUGUUGUCACCUUUAUUGUUCAUAACAUCCCGUCAACAUUUAGUCUCGACACGACAUCAGAGCACCCCGGCGAGUAUGCCCGUUUGCCAGAGUGCCCUCCAUUACCGACAGCCAGCAAGAAACGGGCUCCGGUCAUCGCUCGAGGCUCCUCAGUGCAGAUUGGAAUGGGCCGACGCUCGCAACAGCUCACUGGAAUACAGUUUGGUGAUAUGUCCCUGGGGGAGGAAGCCAGUGGGCCGGAUUCCGUAACACCCAAAGCGGCUCAGCAGGCACAACCAGUGCCACAUGCGGUGCUAUCUAGAGCGUUGAUCAACUUGCCGUUCUCUCAACUUAAGAUGAUUUUAGAGUCGGCAGGUUCUGGGAACGUGAACGGUUGGGCUAAUUCGGAAAUUCGCCACCGUAUCAUCAGGAGUACUGUUGAAGAGCGGGAAGCACGCCGUCUCCGCACCCUCGAUGCUGUCCUUCGGGGAAGAAUCAAGAGCUCUCUUGCAAUUCGAUCCGCCCUCUGCGGUCCCUCUCCGCGGGAUAUUGGGCCAUGGGGUGCGCUUGGUUGGCAGGAGGAGAUUUUGCCUUACGGAAAUGCCAAUGGACCAUCCCUUGGACGCAGAUGGGUUCCAUACGUGGAACCCGAAAGGAUCCCUUCUUCACCUGUUUAUCCAUGA